UCGAGGAAGGAGAACGGACUGGUGCGAGCGAGCUUGGAUCGUUCAGUGAACAGACGGAAAUUGGACACGGCUGAGUGUGGAUCGAAGUCGAGGUUGAACGGUUGCAGUUUGCAGUGCUAGAGUGACAGCCAACUAAAACUGUUUUCUCUCUUUUGUUCUCGCACCCAUCGGAUUUUCUGUCUCGCUUUCAUCAGUCGCAGAAAAUUUUUUGUUUGGAAUAAAGACGGAGGAAUAUUGUGUUGUUUUACAGACGUUUUGUGUGUCUUUUCUCAAGGAAUCCUUUGUUGGCGAAAACUGCAACCCGAGGACAAGAACUUGUGUAUUUUGUGUGGACAAUUGCGGGCCAAGUGCGGACUUUUGAAAGGGGCUUGUGCGUGUGUACGUCGAUCUACGCUGCUGAGUUUGUUGCCUGUCGAGGGACCCAGUGCGGAGUUUGACACGAUUUGGAGUGGCUUGGACAGUGUCGAGUGCGUGGAUAAGUCGCCAAGACGCGAAUUAUGCGCUGCAGAAGAUGUGUCAGGACGAAUCAAGUAGCGAAGUGCAAUCGAGACGGUGAGAGAGUGUUGGACGAAGUGUAGCGUCGUCCAGCCGAGGUCGGAGCAGCUGAUCGUAGACGUACCCCCCUGUGCAGCUCGGCAGCAGAUAACAGUUGGCAAGCGCUUUUAGUAGUUGAUAAGAACCCACCACGCAGGCAGAUUCGAUUGAUUGAUGGAAAAUUCGGAGGUGGCCCAGUGGCUGCAAUGAAAAUGGUCAAGUUCGACGGCGAGUGUUCGACUUUGGAACGGGUUGUGGAAGCUGGGGCGACGAUAGUAUAACGGGGCGUGUCAGUGUGUGCGUCCGUUAAUUGAGAGUUGUUUCGUUUCUCGCGUUCCGAAUGCGACAUCGGUCGAAGAGAGAGAGUAUGUCGUGCGCGCGGUCCAUAUGAGGACGAUAUGUGUGUGGAUGAGUGUGCUCCCCCACUGAUUCGUCUCGCGCCGGGAGAUCAACCCCGUCUAGCAUAACGAUAUUGCCCCGUCCGCAAGAACAAAGUUGAACUGAGACAAGAAGACGACAAACAAAAACCAGACCAGAAACUCCAAAAAGAAAUCUCGACGAGUACAGAUCGCACUAUCAACGUCGCCCAAGGGUCGGACAUCGCAUAUGCAGACGAACUGCUGCACUUUGUUCGUUUUAUUUUCAAGUCAUUAAACUUUUCCAACGCGCACGACUUUUUAUCAUUAAAAACAACGAACCGAAACGAUUUUCCCAAGCGGGCCAGCAGUUAGAAUCGGCACCAAAACGAUUUCGCUAGCGGAACAAAGAAAAACGGGUUCCUUGUGUACCCGGUAACGGAAAAUAUAUUUGCUGAUUUAACAAGAUUUAAGCAACCGAAGCAACCAUGAUUCCUACUUCAGUGAAUGGACCGGGUAGUGCCCAAACGGCAACAACGGCGACUACCGGGAUAGCUUCAUUGAUUUUGGAGGGAAGAGCUCUUUCUGACGAUGACUAUGUGAUGAUAACUGCAACUAACCCGGCACGUUUAGAAUACCAAAGUCGGCGAGUAACUGACGAACGAAAGCUACCCGCUUACUUAACAUCUCGACCAUCUAAUCUCCACAAUACAACAUUCGAUUUUAACUAUGUGUAUUCAUCGAAUUCAGGCGAAGCAAGUACAUCUGAUCCAACUCUACAACACAUGCAACGUCUGCGACAGAAACUCGGACAACUUAGGCAAUCUUCACCAAGUACAAGUCGUGGCGAACAAUUGAGCGCCGAACAAGCUAUCGCAAUAGGUUUGAACAAUAGAUGCAACAACAGCUUAACAUCUCCGGAAGAAGUCGAUGAUGGAGAUAAUGAAUUGGUGAAAUAUCUUCAGCGGAAGCAACCUAUCAAUAAAUUCGUGAAUCCUAUUACGGUUACUCUUCAAUCGUUAGCAACUACUUGUCUUCGAACAGCUGCACCACGAUCUAGUAAGGGGCUAAUGGAACCCGGCGAACAGUUCUUUAAUAGCACACGGUUGGGUGGUAGUGCUGGUAGCAGUUACGGCGGGGUUAAAGCCUCGACAAGUGGUUAUGGAUCUGAAAAUUUUAUCCCGAAAACAAUAAAAACACCACCAACUAGGAGCAGCGAUAGAAUGAAUGCUCCUAAACAGGGACCACACUGUGAUCAGUUCCUCCGAAAAGUGGGUCUGAUCAAAGCUGACCCAUUAGCUGAUGUCGAGGAACAUAUCUGUGAUAUGGCAAAUUUACACGAAAUUUGCUUUCUUUGGCAAUUGCACUGCCGUCAAAUUGAUUUUAUCAUGUCCACUAUGGAUCCGAUAUGCAUAGAAGUCUAUUUGGGACCAGAGAAUCACGAGAUUCUUUUGGAACAGUGGAUCAUCCAACAAAAAGAAAAAUCGACUACACCAACAAUGACAUUACAAUCACUUUUGAACGCAAUACGUAGUCAAUUGUAUUUUUCGCAAAUAACUGCUUGGACGGACCUAAUAAAAAAUGCCAAGCCAAAUGAUCGUGAUAUCAUCGAGCACGGUCGUAUUAAGUUGGUGGAGAAAGUGGAAAAUGGCGCUACCAUAAGAACACCACGUCUAGACAUCUUCUAUCGUAUUCGGGCUUACGAUGCGACUGCCUGUUUUAAUUCGAAACCAAAUGUUCAUGAUUUCCCUAAUGUUGUGAUAUCGGAAAAUUGUUCCAUUUCGGUAUGCCUAAAAAGUCUUCCACGUAUUCAAAACGGAAUACCGAGAAUCAAUUUCGUCGAAAACGAGAAUACAAACAACCCAAAUAAUACUAGCUGUAAUAGUAGUAAUAACAAUAAUAAUAGUAAUUGUAGUCAUAAUACCUGCCCGGCUUCAGCGGUAGCGAGUAGUAGUAGCGUUGCUAGCGAUAGCAGUACGGAUCAAUCAAAUUCUUCGGUUGACGAGUCUAUGGUUCUAGAUGAUCGUUUGAAUUUUCCGUGCCAAGAGAAAGGCAAGCAUCGAUGUGCUUUUGACGAGGAAUAUGGCAAUUCGGAUGCUCUUGUUGAGGAAAUGGUAAGCGCUGAACGAUCCCAUCGUGAAAAACAAUUGCUGAAAUACAGAAAACGUAUGAUGAAGCGUGACAAGAAAACAAAAAUGGCUUCAGGAAGCAGUGGGAAGGUCUGUAAUGAAACUGCCAUAACAUCUUUAUCCACAAACAGUCCGCCGAAGCCGGAACAAUUCCAACAACAACAUAUACAACCAGAACAUAUUAAGCAAGGAUGUAACGGUGAAAAUCACUUAAAAUCAACAAAUUAUCAACCGUUACAUCAUCAUCAACCAUCCAUCCCUGAAUUCGGUUCAAUAAACUCCUAUCGGCCACCAUUAUAUUGCACUCAGGAAACAACGGUGGCAGAGGGAGUGCAAACCAAUUCCGUCGAAAUGGUGUCAAUUGGAACGCAAACGCCUAAUUUUCCAUUCUUCUUUCCGUCUUGCGAAAAUUGUGGCCACAAAAUGGAAUUCACUUGUCUACACUGUGUUAACAAUACGGAAAAGCAUACAGAAGCAAUAGUAAAUGAUAGCUGCCAGGAUGAAAUGGAUGGAACUUUCAGUUCAGCAAAUGGUUCAUCAUCACCACCAGAACCACCAAAAUUAGGAAAAGGUGACUUACUUCUCCAAGCCAUUGUUCGUACUCCCCGCCAUAGAUUCUACUCAGAUACACGUAACAAUAACAACAAUGUUUUGACUUCUAAUUUAAAAAAUCCACCUCAGACGAAAACAAAUGAUUGCCAGCUAUGUAAGCGGCAGAAAACACAACACAUUUAUAGAAAUUCACCGCAGGCUGAGAAUAAUAUGUCUAUGCCUUGUGCCAAUGAACAGAAUGGUUACAAAUUCGCCAAGUCGUAUUUUGCAGCCGCUAGCGAUGCAAACGAAUCAGUGGAUCGACAUAUGUCAGCAGAUUGUGCCUGUUUGGAUGAGUACGCUGAAAAUUGCUGCAUAAAGUCGAAUACACUGGAUCCGCAUCCUUCGCCAGACAAACUGUUAAGCCGUACCAACGCCAAUUCAGCAGAAUUGAAACUUUGCGAAAAUAUCGACGCUCAGUUCAAAACUCCGAAGACAGCUCCAAUUGUUUCAAAUCAAAGCAGUCCCAAAAACCAUCACAAGCCUACACCGCUUUUCAUUAACUGCUCUGGAAAGCUACCGCCAUACAAGUCAAUACCUAAAAUCAAUUUGACUAACAUUUUCAGUGAUUCACCGUCAACCUCAUGCGCAUCAGCACCCAUUCCUAUUCUAUCAUCGGACGUGGAUGGAAUCAGCGCUGCCUUCAGUUUCGACAAUAUCAACAAUAGUCCUGAUAUACCAGUCCAGAAAUCUAGCUCGGCUCCGACACUUCCAAAUUCACCGUCACUAUCGCCACGCUUUCUAAAACAGGCAGCAAUAUAUAAAAGACGCUCUCGUCAUUUAUCUGAUCGUUCUUCCGAAAGAUCUUCAAUUGGAUCGGAUGAGCAAUUCUCUGAUGAAGACUUAGAAAGCUUAUAUAGUCCUACAUCGUCACCUGUGAAAACUCGAUUGUUCCUGAAAUCAAGCGGGUUUGGACGACGUCCGAUUCUGGGCAGUUUCGAGGAGUCUCUAUUUCAGAAACGUUUUGUACCAAAAAGUCAAGCAGCUGGAUAUAAAGUGUUGCUUGGAGCAUCUGGUGGAUUUUGUCCCACACAAUUAACGAUACCGGCCAUUGCUAGUUUUUACGAGCUACCGAACGCAUCGACGUUGAGCACACCUUAUGUGUGCGAAAUACGUUUAUCUCGAAAAGGCUACACCGUACCGCGCGUUGGAACUAUACAAGCAACCCUUCUCAAUCCUUUGGGAACGGUCGUUCGCAUGUUUGUCGUCCCGUAUGAUUUUCGUGAUAUGCCUGCAAUGAGUCAAACAUUUAUACGACAGCGAAUCUUAGCAGUAGAUGCUAGCAGUGUUACAUCAGAAAGCAUAGAAUCCUCACCUGGCUCGACAUCGCCAGCAGUUGUACCAUCUGGAAACUUGAGUGGCCUUGAUCACAAAAACGUAUCACAUGGCGAACAAAUGCGCACGUUAAGAUAUGCAAUACAUUUGAGAUUCCAAACAACACGAUCCGGUCGCCUUGCUCUACAUACCGAUAUACGUCUAUUGAUCUCACGUCGCACUGAUUGUGAUACAGCUGCUGCGCAUGCCAAAGGUGCCCUGGAGUCCCCGAACGAACUACGAAUUGUAACAAUCAAGCCCGAGAACCCGAAAUACAGUGCCCGUCAGGAAAAUCCGAACAAAAUUUAGUAGUUACUAGCUAGCAUUAAGUCGCGAUCGCAUAGUUAUUUAUUAUUUAUUUAUAACAAUUUAAGAAUGCGAUUUAAUGAGAUGUUCAUGAGCCCACAAGGCAGAAAACAGAAAGAAGAAGGAAGUGUGGCGAUAGUUUAGGGACAUUAAUAGCUACCGACAUGUGCACGUAUAUUUGGAAGAGACUAGACAAAAUCCACAGACAAUGUACAGACCUACAGCAAUCAUAUUCUAGUUUGAAAAUUAAUCCCAUCCUUAGACAGGGGAUGUUAAAUGUUGGGGGAAAAUGGUGUCUCCAUUCGCUCGCUUAUAAUCAGUGACGAGUACACGAUUUUGGUGUACUUCAAACGUUCUGCAAAUGAUUCUGCGCUUAUAAAUUCAUUGACAGGGAAUCUUUGCAGAAUCGUGAGAUAAUGGGGAAUUCAGACAUGGAGUAGCUAACAAUGGACUGUAAGCGAGUAGGCGAAGAAGUGAUGGAGUAUAUUUGAUGAGAAUAGUCUUUGGGAACGUGAAAGUGAGACAGAAAGUUUAUAUUUUACUAAGCAAAGUACAAUAACUUUUAUUUUUUAAAGUUGAUGAAACAAAUUGGAAAAAGAAAAUUAUAAAAAAAAAAAUAUAUACAUAUAUAUGAAAAGAAGACCGAAAAUAUCCUUUUUCCUUUGGUCUUCCCCGCUCAUUUAAUACAGCAGACGGCACUCAUAUCGAUCUAAUAAGUUAUCAAAACUUUAUGAAUUGUGUUUUAUCUUUUCUAUUGUUUUCAUAACUGUUUUGAUGGGACGAGAGAAUAGUGCAAAUUUGCGGAGGAAAAGCGUCAAUUUUUCAUUGGCAAUAUGACGUUGACGCAUUAACAACUUUUCAAACUGAAAAUUAAAUUUGGUACAUGCUUUGUAAAACAUUGGAUAAUUUUUUUCAAAAUUGAUAUAAAAGAUGUUGAAGCGUUUCUGUGAUACGAUAUGAGUGCUCAUGUGAUUUUUUAUUCAUGCGAAAUUUAUAAAAAAAA